GUAUCUCUUGCUUCAUCUUUCCACAGUAAAAUAUUUCAUUGAACACGAAGGGAUCAGCGUACUAUCAAAGGAUCAAUACAACAUGUGCGGUUUUCCUCCGCUCGCUAUUUUUUUCCUCGCUAUUUUCUCGCUACUUUCUAAAGUCGCUAGACUUCCCGUCGCGGUGAUCCCUUCCUCGAACAUCCCCAACAACUUUCCGCAACCUUUCCGUGAUUUACAAGAGGGGAAAAAAAGAUUGCGGGUAACAAUCGCCGCAUCUGCCGUCAAUCUCCCUCACCUCUUCCGUUCUCGUCGAAGACGCAAGCGCAGUGUCAUUCACAUUUUCCGCUUCAUGACGGUACGUCCGAUUAGUCCAUCGUCGGCGACAUCAAGAUCAAGUAGGUCCUCGAGUCAUGCACAUGAAUAUCCGCGAUGACAUCAGGCGCACCGUGCACGUUACGCGCGGUGUCUUAAACCUGAUCGGCAUCUGGCCGUCGCCCGAUGUCACGUCCACUGUCAAAAUCGUCCAGACAAAGUUGCUCAGGAUCCUGUGCCAGGGCCUGCUCUACUUCAUCUUCGUGCCGGGCAUAUUAAAGAUGUUCCUCAAGGAGUCGAACGCGCGUCGUCGCCUCAAGAUGAUCGGUCCUAUGUGCAACUGCUUGAUGGCGGUGCUAAAGCACGCGAUGUUGAUCUGCCGAAGCGAUCGAAUCAAGGAUUGCAUCGAGCACAUCGAGGAGGACUGGACUAAGACGAGUCUGGCGCAGGACCGCAGGAUCAUGAUGGGCAACUCGAGGAUCGGACGCAACCUCGCGAUCUUCUGCGUGGCCUUCGUGUACGGCAGCGGAUUCUCGUAUCGCACGAUCGUGCCGUUAUCGCGCGGAGUCAUCGUCACGCCGCAGAACGUGACGAUUAGGCCGAUGGGAUUCGCUGGUUACUACGUAUUCAUCGACCCGCAGAAGACUCCGGCUUACGAGAUUAUCUUCUCGAUUCAGUUUCUCUCCGGAUUCGUGCAGUACUCGGUGACCAGCGGAGCCUGCAGUCUGGCAGCUCUUCUGGUGUUACACGCCUGUGGCCAGUUAAAAAUUCUUAUUGCCAGAAUGGAGAAUCUCACGCAGGCCGAAUACUUCUCUGAUAAGAAAGCCAACGUGGAACUGGCGGCCGUCGUGAGGCAGCAUAUCAGAAUUAAAAGCUUUUUAAGCAAGGUAGAAGAAAUUUUGCAAUACGUAUGUUUGGUGGAAGUAGUCGGGUGCACGUUCAUCUUGUGUCUUCUUGGAUAUUAUAUAAUAAUGGAAUGGGAAAAUAACGAUGCGGUGUCGAUGCUAACAUAUACCAUACUUCUUUUAACAUUCAUCUUUAAUAUCUUAAUACUGUGCUUCAUCGGUGAGCUUCUCACGGAUCAGAACAUGAAGAUGUACAUUACCUUCUGUACUCUCGACUGGUAUCGAAUCCCGCACAAGACCGCGCGCGGUCUCGUUUUGAUAAUCGCGAUGUCUAGCAUUCCCGUAAAAAUCACAGCCGGAAAAUUUAUGGAUCUAUCUCUCAAUAGUUUUGGCGCCAUUAUGCGAACAUCGGUCGCGUAUCUAAAUAUAUUGCGCACAACCAGCAUUUAAAAGAUGCAAUUCGUUAGUUGAAAGAAAUAAAUUUCAUCUGUAGAAAAUCGUGCAGGAUAUUGAAAUCUACGGAUUUCAGUGUAAUGUAUAUAGCACCAUUAGUAUAUGGUA